AUGACUAACCCCAAAGCUGAAACAGCGGCCAAAGAUGCCGAUGUUCAAGAUACAGAGUCCUCUGUUAUCCCGGUGUCAACGAGAAAAAUCGUAUCGGUGGCUUCAAUCGCCGCCGGUGUACAGUUUGGCUGGGCUUUACAGCUCUCUCUGCUGACUCCAUACGUUCAGCUACUCGGAAUCCCACAUAAAUGGUCGUCUCUCAUCUGGCUCUGUGGUCCCAUCUCCGGCAUGCUCGUCCAGCCAACCGUCGGUUACUACAGCGACAGGUGCACCUCCAGAUUCGGUCGUCGCCGUCCUUUCAUCGCAACCGGUGCCGCCCUUGUCGCCGUCGCUGGUAUUCUCAUCGGAUACGCAGCUGAUCUCGGCCACUUAGCCGGAGACAAUCUCGAGAAGACUAUCAAGGUACGAGCCAUCUGGUUCUUCGCUCUCGGCUUCUGGAUCCUCGACGUGGCCAACAACACACUUCAAGGACCUUGCCGCGCUUUCCUCGCCGAUCUCUCCGGAGGUGACGCUAAGAAAACGCGUUUCGCAAACGCGAUUUUCUCUUGCUUUAUGGCGGUUGGAAACAUAUUGGGAUACGCCGCGGGAUCCUACACUAACCUCCACAAGAUGUUUCCUUUCACGAUGACUCAAGCUUGCGACAUCUACUGCGCCAACCUCAAGAGCUGUUUCUUCCUCUCCAUCAUCCUCCUCCUCGGCGUCACGGUCAUGUCACUCUGGUACGUGGAAGACAAGCAAUGGACGCCGGAGAAAGGAGCCUCGGACGUGAAAAAUCCGUUUUUCGGAGAGAUAUUCGGAGCUUUCAGGGUCAUGGAACGUCCCAUGUGGAUGUUGAUCAUCGUCACUGCCUUGAACUGGAUCGCGUGGUUCCCUUUCCUUCUGUUCGAUACUGACUGGAUGGGUCGUGAAGUGUACGGUGGUGACUCUGCUGGAGACGACAAAAUGAAGGACCUUUACAACAGAGGAGUCCACGCUGGUGCAUUGGGUUUGAUGAUUAAUUCAGUCGUUCUUGGAGUUGUGUCUCUCUUUAUUGAGUGGAUCAUUCAGAAAAUGGGUGGAGCUAAACGGCUUUGGGGAGCUGUCAACUUUAUCCUCGCCGUGUGUUUGGGUUUGACUGUUCUGAUCACAAAGUUGGCUGAGGCUCACAGGAAAACCGCUGGUGCUUUUGCUGGUCCCACCGAGGGGAUUAGAGGUGGAGCUUUGACAAUCUUUGCUUUCCUUGGAAUCCCUCUUGCUGUUACUUUCAGUAUUCCUUUUGCACUAGCUUCCAUUAUCUCAAGCAAUUCCGGCGCCGGCCAAGGACUUUCACUUGGAGUUCUGAAUCUGGCAAUCGUGAUACCGCAAAUGGUGGUGUCACUCGGAGGUGGGCCUUUCGACGCCUUGUUUGGAGGUGGAAACUUACCUGGAUUUGUGGUCGGAGCUAUUGCAGCCGCAGUGAGUGCCGUGGUGGCGUUGACCGUUCUUCCUUAG